AUGACUGCCCCGGAAUCUCUGCCCACCACCCACAAGGCACUCAAAGUAUCUGGGCCUGGACAUGUCUACGUGUCCGAAGAUGCCUCAGUACCUUCACCAGGCCGGUCGGAGCUGCUCGUACGCGUGGCAUGCGUCUCGAUCAACCAGGUAGACUGCAAGUCUGCCGACCUAUCUCCCACACCCGGCGCAACCAGCGGCACUGAUUUCUCUGGUGUUGUAAUAGCUCUAGGCAGCGACGUCGACGCAGAGGCUUGGCAUGUGGGCGACCGCAUCAUGGCCGGCAUCUUUGGAAACAACCCUCUCCGGCGGGAUAACGGUGCGUUUGCCGAGUAUGCCGUUGUUCCCGCGCGUCUGGCCUGGAGAAUUCCAGCCAGCAUGGACCUUGCCACCGCUGCUUCCCUGCCUGCCGCCUUGGCCACCGUCGGACUGUCCCUUUUCCAGUACAUGAAGAUGGCGAUGCCAGACAAUACAGAAGGCGCUCUGCAGCUCGGCUCCAACAAGGAUUCAGCAGCAGCAUCAACUACCACAAGCUCGGCAUCCUAUGUGCUGGUCUAUGGAGGCGGCACGGCCACAGGGGCCAUGGCGAUCCAGGUCCUCAAGCUGAUGGGUCUCACCCCCAUCACAACGUGCUCGGCAUCCUCAGCAGCAAGAUCCAUGGAACUCGGCGCCGCGGCGACCUUUGAUUAUCGCUCGCCCAGCUGCGGCGCCGACGUCCUGAACUACACGCAGGGCGCUCUCACGCUUGCUCUCGACUGCAUCUCGGACUCGAACUCCAUGUCGACGUGCUACAAGGCCCUAGGUCCCGCCGGUGGUCGAUACGUGGCUCUGGACCCCUUUCCCCUCCGCGGCCACACGCGCCGCAGCGUCGAGCCGGAUUGGGUGUGCUGCUACACGCAGUUCGGUCACGAUGUGGCCUGGGCCCCGCCUUUCGACCUGGAUGCCCGUGUCGACGACCGUGUCUGCGCUGAGGCGUGGUAUGUUCUUGCGCAGCGGCUGCUGGACGAGGGUCUGGUCGUACCGCAGCCGUUGGAGGUGCGCCGCGGGGGUUUGGCGGGCGUUGGCGAGGGUAUGCAGGAGGUGCGGAGAGGGUUGAUCAAGGGCAAAAAGCUUGUGUAUUCUGUUGCCGAGAUUGCGGUCUAA